CAGUGUUAAUCAGGAGAGGAUGUUGUCUCCGUGUCUGUCCAUGAAGAGUGAUUGGUCCAUGGACAGGCAUAUUAAGUUUGGAAAAGAUGCCAGUGUAAAACAGGAGAGGGUGGGGUCUCCGUGUCUGUCCAUGAAGAGUGAUUGGUCCAUGGACAGGCCCAUUAUGUUUGGAAAAGAUGCCAGUGAGCUGACAGCCAGUCUACUGACAGAGGACCACUUCAGAUGUUCAGUGUGUACAGAGGUUCUCAAAGAGCCAGUCUCCAUCCCCUGUGGACACAGUUACUGCAGACAGUGCAUUGAGACCCACUGGACCCAGACAGGAGAGUACGACUGUCCCCAGUGCAAAAAGAGAUUCAGAACCCGUCCUGACCUCACUAACUCAGCCUUGGAGAAGGUGAUUGAGAAACUCCACCAGGCAGGGUUCAAGGUCCCUGCUCUUCCCAAGCACUGCUACGCUGGACCUGGAGAUGUGGCCUGUGAUCUCUGCACUGAGAAACAGCUCAAAGCUGUGAAGUCCUGUCUGACCUGCACUGCCUCCUACUGUGAGAGUCAUGUCAGACAUCACUACACCGUAGCAGCUCUGCAGAGACACACCCUGGUGGAGGUGACUGGAAACCUGGAGCAGAAACUGUGCCAGCUGCACCACAGAGCUCUGGAGGUCUUCUGUAAGACAGACCAGGUUUCUGUUUGUCUGCUGUGUGCCUUGCAGGACCACAGAAACCAUGAUGUCAUAAAGAAUGAGAGAGACACUGAAGAGGUGGGUGUGUCUAUAGUCUGGACUAGUGUGUGGUAGAUACUGUAGAGGUGGGUGUGUCUAUAGUCUGGACUAGUGUGUGGUAGAUACUGUAGAGGUGGGUGUGUCUAUAGUCUGGACUAGUGUGUGGUAGAUACUGUAGAGGUGGGUGUGUCUAUAGUCUGGACUAGUGUGUGGUAGAUACUGAAGAGGUGGGUGUGUCUAUAGUCUGGACUAGUGUGUGGUAGAUACUGUAGAGGUGGGUGUGUCUAUAGUCUGGAUUAGUGUGUGGUAGAUACUGAAGAGGUGGGUGUGUCUAUAGUCUGGACUAGUGUGUGGUAGAUACUGUAGAGGUGGGUGUGUCUAUAGUCUGGACUAGUGUGUGGUAGAUACUGUAGAGGUGGGUGUGUCUAUAGUCUGGACUAGUGUGUGGUAGAUAGUGUAGAGGUGGGUGUGUCUAUAGUCUGGACUAGUGUGUGGUAGAUACUAAAGAGGUGGGUGUGUCUAUAGUCUGGACCAGUGUUGUGGUAGAUACUGUAGAGGUGGGUGUGUCUAUAGUCUGGACUAGUGUGUGGUAGAUACUGUAGAGGUGGGUGUGUCUAUAGUCUGGACUAGUGUGUGGUAGAUACUGAAGAGGUGGGUGUGUCUAUAGUCUGGACUAGUGUGUGGUAGAUACUGUAGAGGUGGGUGUGUCUAUAGUCUGGACCAGUGU